AUGGAAGAAUUUGAGAGGAGAGAAGAUGAGGAAAUUAUUAUGGUAGCGGUCAGUUUUAUAGUUGCUACCAUUGGUGUUUGGUACUAUACAAAGCACAUGUUGAAGGAGAGUUCAAGAACAAACGAAGAAGAGGAUGAAAGGACAUACCUUAGAAAGUCUUGGAUUCGAACUCUUAUUUGCAAUGCAAAUAAUUGUGUUGAACAACUAAGGAUGAAUCCUCAAGUGUUUAAGAGGUUAUGUGAUGUUCUAUGUACUAGAGGGGGAUUAGUAGCAUCAAGAAAUGUCACGAUUGAAGAAAUUGUCGCUAUGUUUUUGCAUAUUUUAGCUCAUAAUGUAAAAAAUAGGACAAGCAAAACAGAUUUUUAUCAUUCAAAUGAAACAAUUAGUCGGCAGUUCCACAAAGUACUUCAAGCAGUCAUGAAGAUAGGAAGUCUCUAUAUUAGACAAGAAUAUACAAAUCCUAAUGAGAGAGACAUGGAGAAGUGGAAAUGGUUUGAGGAUGCUAUCGGGGCACUUGAUGGGACUCAUAUCCAAUUAACUAUUCCUUUGGAAGAUCAAAGUAGAUAUCGAAAUAGAAAAGGAGAGACCAGUACAAAUGUACUAGGUGUUUGUGAUGCCAAUUUGAGAUUUUCAUAUGUGCUACCUGGUUGGGAGGGUUCAACAUCAGAUUCUCGUGUUUUGCGUGAUGCUUUGCAUCGACCCAAUGGCUUGAAACUUCCCUCAAAUAAAUACUUUCUUGUGGAUGCUGGGUAUACAAAUGGCGCACCUUAUAGAGGGACUCACUAUCAUAUAAAGUCUUGGAGAGAAAAUGAGAUGAAUGAAGACGACUUGUUGAAUGAUGUGGAUCGAGAAUUAGAAGAUGAUCCUGUUUUAGAAAUUGAGAAUGUAGAUGAGGAGCGUAUCACCACUAUGAGAGUUACAAAUGAAUGGAAUAACUUUAGAGAUGAUUUAGCUAUGCAAAUGUGGGAUGAAUACCGACUUUGA